UUCUUACUCUUCAGAGUGUCGCUCGUUUUUUUUCCGCCACUGUAAAGGGAGAAUGAGAACCAACAUCCGAGUUCUGGGUGAAAGGAAUUAACCCAGAGCACUGUAUUCAGACCAUAGAUUCAGUCAUAUUAUCCUCACUGCUGCUACGGAGAAAUAAGCAAACUUCGAACUCUCCAUGCACGCGGAGAACACAGAAGAGGACCGUCUAACGGGCUUUUGAGGCAUUUUCGGUUUCCGUUUUUUUCUUUCCUUGCGUGUAGUUUAUGUGGAGCGAACAGUUAUACGAUAAUCUUGCUUGCACUGCCUGCGGCGAGAAGAGAAGUUUGGUUGUUUGCCUAGUCGGAAGGAGGACACACGGGAGGCUCUGGGGGGGGGGGGAAGUAGUGGAAGAUGGUUUGGAACUCCGCUUUGAGAAUAGUCUUGAUGUGCAUCCUGGCGCUCUUGCUCGGUUUUACGUCUGUCCCGUGCAAAGCUCGGAUUUACACCAACCAUUGGGCUGUACGGAUAAACGGGGGACACGACAUCGCUGAUCGGAUAGCGGGCAAAUAUGGCUAUAAGAAUAUGGGACAGAUUGGCGACCUGAAGGACCACUAUCACUUCUUUCACAGCAGGACCAUCAAAAGGUCGACGCUGUCCAGUCGCGGUGGCCACAGCUUCAUCUCGAUGGAGCCCAAGGUGGAGUGGAUUCAGCAGCAGGUGGUGAAGAGGCGGAUCAAGAGGGAUUACAAGGCGGCCCCUCGCCCUCUCUCCAGCCCCGCCCAGACUAGCCCCGCCCAGUCCAUCUUCUUCAACGACGCCAAGUGGAACAGUAUGUGGUACAUCCACUGUAACGAUGACAUCCAUAACUGCCAGUCAGACAUGAACAUAGUGGGGGCGUGGAAGAGGGGCUACACCGGGAAAGACGUGGUGGUCACCAUCCUGGAUGACGGCAUAGAGAGGAACCACCCCGACCUCAUUCAGAACUACGACAAUCAGGCCAGUUAUGAUGUCAACGGGAAUGACAUGGACCCCAUGCCCCGUUACGAUGCCAGCAACGAGAACAAGCAUGGAACACGGUGUGCUGGGGAAGUUGCUGCAUCUGCUAACAACUCCCAUUGCACUGUGGGAAUUGCCUACAACGCACGGAUAGGGGGGGUGCGGAUGCUGGACGGUGAUGUGACAGACAUGGUGGAGGCCAAGUCUCUGAGUCUGCAGCCGCAGCACAUUGACAUCUACAGCGCCAGUUGGGGUCCUGAUGACGAUGGCAAGACCGUGGACGGCCCCGCCUCGCUGGCAAGGCAGGCCUUCGAGAACGGCAUCCGCAUGGGAAGGAAGGGGCGUGGCUCCAUCUUUGUGUGGGCGUCAGGGAACGGCGGGCGGAGCCGGGACCACUGCUCCUGUGACGGCUACACCAACAGCAUCUACACUAUCUCAAUCUCCAGCACCGCCGAGAGCGGACGCAAGCCCUGGUACCUGGAGGAGUGCUCCUCCACCCUAACCACCACCUACAGUAGCGGAGAGAACUACGACCGCAAGAUAAUCACCACAGAUCUGCGGCAGCGCUGCACAGACAGCCACACAGGGACCUCGGCGUCUGCUCCUAUGGCAGCUGGGAUCAUCGCACUGGCCCUGGAGGCUAAUCCUCUGUUGUCGUGGAGGGAUGUUCAGCACAUCAUUGUCAAGACGUCUCGAGCUGGCCACCUCAACGCCCCUGACUGGAAGACCAACGCUGCUGGAUACAACGUCAGCCACCUGUAUGGCUUUGGCCUGAUGGAUGCGGAGGCUAUGGUGAAGGAGGCGGAGCGAUGGAAACAGGUCCCCGCCCAGCACAUCUGUGUGGAGAGUGCUGACCGCCAGAUCAGGACGAUCCGCCCAGAGCACCUGGUGCGCUCCGUGUAUAAGGCCACCGGCUGCAUCGACAACUUCAACCACCAUGUCAUCUACCUGGAGCAUGUGGUCGUACGCAUCACCAUCACGCACCCACGCCGUGGCGACCUGUCUAUCAACCUCACGUCGCCCUCGGGAACCAAGUCCCAGCUGCUCGCCAACAGGUUGUUUGACCACUCCAUGGAGGGUUUUAAGAACUGGGAGUUUAUGACCACUCACUGCUGGGGGGAGAAGGCGUCUGGGGACUGGAUCCUGGAGAUCCAUGACUCCCCCUCGCAGCUCCGCAGCCAGAAAGUCCCAGGCAAGCUGAAGGAGUGGUCCCUGGUGCUUUAUGGCACCUCUGUGCACCCGUACUCCGCCAUGCGCAGCGACAAGCCCCGCUCGGCCGAGCCCCCUGCAGACGAAGAGUUCACUGAGGAGUACAACGGGCUCUGUGACAGUGAGUGCAACGAGAACGGCUGUGAAGGCCCCGGACCUCACCAGUGCAUCAACUGCCUCCAUUACUUCCUCAAGUUCAAGAACAACACCAGGACGUGCGUGUCAGAGUGCCCCUCCGGGUUUUUCCGCGACGACAGGAAGCGCUGUAAGAAGUGUUCGUCUCUGUGUGAGACAUGUGUUGGUAGUCGUAGCGACCAGUGCUCCACCUGCAGGCCGGGCUUCCACCUUAACGAGGGUUCCAACACCUGCGUGGCCAGCUGUGUGGACGGCUUCUAUCUGGACCACGAUUCCAACAUGUGCAGGAGAUGCAACGAAAUCUGCAAGAAGUGCAUCACGUCUAAUAUCUGCACAGAAUGCAAACCAGGGAUGAGUCUUCAGGGGAAUAGAUGUCAGAUGACCUGUGACCCUGGGACCUACUAUAAUGGCCACAGGAGGACCUGCGUGCCGUGCCACCAAGUGUGUGCCACCUGUGCAGGCACGGGGAUGGAGGCGUGUAUCAAGUGUGCAGAGAGCUACUUAAUGGAAGAGUGGCGCUGUGUGUCCACCUGCAGCGUGGGAUACUACAUGGCCGAGCAGACCUUGGACAAUGGCGACGUCAACAAGUCCUGCAGGAAGUGUGACCACAGCUGCUACUCCUGCACAGGGCCCGGCGAGACGAACUGCAGCACCUGUGUGAACGGCUAUAACCUAGAGGCAGGAGUGUGUGUGGUCAGCACCAUCUGCAAAGAUGCAAAUGAAGAGUCUUGGGCGGAAGGCAGUUUCUGUGUGCUCGUAAAAAAGAACAAUCUGUGCCAGAGGAAAGUGCUGCAGCAACUGUGCUGUAGAACAUGCUCUCUAAAAGGGUGACUGGACAUCCCGCGAAGGGGAUGUGGGGGGGGGGGGGCGGCACCCCUCUGCCCCAGCCUGCUCACUCAGUUACAUAAUUUAUAAGAAAAUAUGUGCCUCUUAAGGGACUACGUCGGAGGUGUGAUGACAGAACUACAACAAACCUACCUUUUUCCUGUUCUGGGACAUGUGGUCAGGGUGACAGUAGCAACUGGGACUUACUAAAAAAAAAUGAAAACAAAUAAUGUGUCGGUAUUUUGUGACCAAAGCAUCGAUGCCAAAAUAAUUGUACCCUUUUCCAGUGUAGGUUGCAGGAGGAACCUUGUGAAUCUGUUUCCCUUCGUGUUCCCCUCCUCGUCAAGAUUAACGAUGCACAGGUGAAAGCUGAUGAACGUACCAACUCUCGGCUGUGUGUUUGUAAAUAAACUUAAAAGCUCACUCAAUAAUGUGAAAACUGUCUGGGUUAAGUUUGCUAUCUGCCAAGUGAGGAUACAUGCGCACAUGAACGCACGCGCACGCACACAGCAGGAUUGUGCAAACACUUGAAUUGAUAGUUGCGAAAGUCAUGUCCCCAUUCUACAUGCAGCCAUUGUGUGCCACAGGAAAUAGAGGUUGCUGAACUGUCAUCUAUGUUUCAGGUAGUGUGUGCGUGUGAGAGAUUCUUUUUUUUACAGGUACCUUUGACUCACUUAGGUUCUGACAAAUCAUUCCACACUACAUUACAUCAAAUCGGGGUCAUGUUUAUUAGGCACAAAACGUAAGAAAACUGACUUAAACAGGUAGGGACUACCUGAUCUCGUCCAAUAGGAAACACUUGUUUUUUUUUGGUACACUUUGUUUUCAUUGCGUGCCCUAAUGAACAAGACCCAUAUCUUACUGCUACAUGAGACUAUGGGGCCAUUGCACUUUCACAAACAGCAGCACUAUCAGGGCUUUAUUCCACAACAUUGCACGGUUAUGUCAUUGCAUUCAAGCAGAGUUGGUACUGUAUUGACCUUGAUCAUGUAACAAUUUCGAUAUGAUAGAUGUUUUCGGUGGACUUCAUUUAAAUGUUAUUGUAUCCUUGCGAGCCGCCACACAUUCAAGACAUGUCCAUGACACUUUAGCAAACGGCAUGCGUUUCAUCAAGGUCAUGCUCAUUAAGGCACCAAACGGAAGAGAACAGAUUGCAUGACGUGUUGAAAUGUUUUCUGUUGCGUGCUCUGAUGAACACGAUUCGGGUUGUAAGCGCCCUCUGAGAGUCCAUGACAAUGGUUGGUGCUGCAAAAUGUAACCACGGUCUGUCUCUGUCACAAACAGGCUAUGGGACUCAACUUUGUAGUGGUUGAGAAAGACCUGUUGAUACAUCCUGUUCUAGAAUGAAUACUGAGGUGGAUACAGCACUGUAUUCCAACAAAGAUUCUCAAUGUGGGUUUGUACCUUUUUGAACAAUUACUGUAGUUGUAUUGAUGAUUUAUCUUUUGAUUUGAAAUAAAAAUUGAUUGAUCCCUUUGGAUGAACAAAAAUGUAUUCUUGGUCAUUGUUGAAGAUUACUUAGAUUUGAUUAGUUGAUAUCAGAGUACUAUGUUGUUUUUAUUGGACACCAGUGUCAAUGUUAUUUAUAUAUUAAUGGAAUUACUCAAUGUUAUUUUUUUAUUCAAAUGGUUGAUCUGUUAAUCUUUUUGUCAUUUUUUUCUGCUGGUCAUUUAUGGUAGUUGUGAACCUAAUCAUUUCCCCACUUCAUUUAGGUCAUGUUUAUUAGACACAAAAUGUAAAAAUAACUAGCUGAAACAGGGAGGGUCUACCUGGACUUGUUUUUAUAAGAAAUGCACAUUUUAGUUUUACAUUAUGAAAAGUUCUAAAACGUUUUCUGUCGUGAGCCAUAAUGAACACAACACUGGUUGUAUGCUAAACCUCCCAGCCUGUUCCUUACUCAACAUUAUGUUCCUGUAAGUUACAGGGUGUAUCUAAUAUAAUUGUAUUUGGUCCCAUUAGCAGACAUUUUUAUCCAAAGAGACUUUUGUCCAACACAGAAUAAAAAUCUACACUUUUUAAUAGUUUAUUUUUUUGACAUGCAGCAGGGUAGCUAACUACUGGAACUACACAUUUUUUGCCAAAAUAAAAUAAUGGGUGAAGUAGGCAAAUUAUUAAAUUUUUCGGCAUCAGCUAAUGGCUGUUACGUAGACCGAUCACUGCCCGCACCUGCUCGCCCGUCCAGCAUCACUACUCUGGGGGGCUCUGACUUAGAAUAUGUGUACAACUAUAAAUACCAAGGUGUCUGGUUAGACUGUAAACUAUCCUUCCAGACUCACAGUAAGCAUCUCCAAUCCAAAAUGAAAUCUAGAAUCGGCUUCCUAUAUCGCAACAAAGCACCCUUUACUCAUGCUGCCAAACAUACCCUCGUAAAACGAACCAUCCUACCGAUCCUUGACUUCGGUGAUGUCAUUAUAAAAUAGGCUCCAACACUCUACUCAACAAACUGGAUGCAGUCUAUCACAGUGCCAUCUGUUUUGUCACCAAAGCCCCAUACACUACCCACCAUUGCGACCUGUACGCUCUCGUUGGUUGGCCCUCGCUUCAUACUCGUCGCCAAACCCACUGGCUACAGGUUAUCUACAAGUCUCUGCUAGGUAAAGCCCCGUAUUAUCUCUGCUCACUGGUCACCAUAGCAGCACCCACUCGUAGCACGCGCUCCAGCAGGUAUAUCUCACUGGUCACCCCCAAAGCCAUUUCCUCCUUUGGUCGUCUUUCCUUCCAGUUCUCUGCUGCCAAUGACUGGAACGAAUUGCAAAAUUCUCUGAAGCUGGAGACUCGGAUCUCCCUCACUAGCUUUAAGUACCAGCUCUCAGAGCAGCUCACAGAUCACUGCACCUGUACAUAGAUGGGCUGUUUACAGAUGGGCUAUCUACCUACCUCAUCCCCAUACAGUAUGUAUUUAUUUAUCUUGCUCCUUUGCACCCCAGUAUCUCUACUUGCACAUUCAUCUUCUGCACAUAUACCAUUCCAGUGUUUAAUUGCUAUGUUGUAAUUACUUCACCACCAUGGCCUAUUUAUUGCCUUAACUCCCUUAACUUACCUCAUUUGCACUCACUGUAUAUAGACUUUUUGUUUUAUUUUGUUCUACUGUAUUAUUCACUACGUUUUGUUUAUUCCAUGUGUAACUGUUGUAUGUGUCGAAUUGCUAUGCUUUGUCUUGGUCAGGUUGCAAAUGAGAACUUGUUCUCAACUAGCCUACCUGGUUAAAUAAAGGUGAAAUAAAAAAAUAAAACUCCGACA